CUCGGCGCAAGCAGGCCAAGCCCCAACACCUCAAGUCGGACGAGGAGCUGCCGCCGCAGGACGGGGCUCCUGAGCACGUCAGAAGUCACAUUUCUCAGGAAGCUUUGCUGUCGACCAGCUUCCCACCUUCCUUGGGCUGUUAACAGGGCCACAUGGUCAGAAAGCUGUUUCACAAUUUUCUUCUUCGAUGUUGAAGGAAUGCGUCCCCGGGGAAGGCACCGACGACGUGGACAGCGGGACUGAGAGCAGGAGCGGCGGCGAGGAGGCCAGCGUGUGCCAGACCUGCUGCGCGGAGUUCUUCAAGUGGACAGACUUCCUGCAGCACCAGAAGAGCUGCACCAAGAACCCACCGGUGCUCAUCGUGAGUGAGGAUGAGCCGGCGCCGCCCUCUGAGGAGUUCCCAGAGCCUUCUCCCGCCAGCUCGCCCAGCGACCACACGGAGAGCGAGGCCACCGAGGAGGCCACCCCCGCGGAGGGCGGUGAGGGCGGCGAGGUGAAGGCCCCGGAGCCGGAGGACGAGCCCAUGGAUGUGGAGACACCCGGGGACAAGGGCCUGCAGGGCCCAGGCACACCCGCUGUGCCCCCAGUGCUGCCCCCAGGGUCCCCUGCUGCCUUCAGCAUGCCCAGCACCAACGUGACGCUGGAGACUCUGCUGAGCACCAAGGUGGCUGUGGCUCAGUUCUCGCAGGGCGCGCGCGCAGCUGGCACAGCCGGAGGCAGUGUGGGCGCGGUCGCCAUCCCCAUGAUCCUGGAGCAGCUCGUGGCUCUGCAGCAGCAGCAGAUCCACCAGCUGCAGCUCAUCGAGCAGAUCCGCAGCCAGGUGGCCCUGAUGAGCCGCCAGCCCGCCAGGCCGCCACUGAACCCCACCACCCCUGGCACUCCUGCCCAGACCUCCGGCCAGCUCCAGGGCCUGGCCCCGCACCCGGCCCUACAACUCUCUGCUGGGCCGGCCCCUGUCCCUGCAGGCUCUGGCCAGGCAGCCCCACCUGCCUUCGAGGGCCCCCAGCACUUGUCACAGCCAGCGUCAGGUGCCAGCACUCCAGGUGGUACUGGGCCCAUGGAGUCCGUGGUGUCUGCAGCCCCAAGCACAGCCCCUGCCCUGGGGUCCACGGUGCCCAGCACAGUGGGUAGCAUGACACAGCCGCAGAAUGCAUCCACGCCCCCGGCCCUGGGCCCAGCCCCCCUCCUCAGCUCGGCCUCCAGCCUGCCAAACCCUCUGCUACCUCAGACCUCCUCCAGCAGCGUCAUCUUCCCCAACCCGCUGGUCAGCAUUGCUGCCACCGCCAACGCUCUGGACCCACUGUCCGCCCUCAUGAAGCACCGCAAAGGCAAGCCCCCAAAUGUGUCGGUGUUCGAGCCCAAGGCUAGCGCUGAGGACCCCUUCUUCAAGCACAAGUGCAGGUUCUGUGCCAAGGUCUUUGGCAGCGACAGUGCAUUGCAGAUACACCUGCGCUCUCACACUGGUGAGCGGCCCUUCAAGUGCAACAUCUGCGGGAACCGCUUCUCCACCAAAGGCAACCUGAAGGUGCACUUCCAGAGGCAUAAGGAGAAGUACCCCCACAUCCAGAUGAACCCCUAUCCAGUUCCAGAGUACCUCGACAAUGUGCCCACUUGCUCGGGGAUUCCCUAUGGCAUGUCACUACCCCCAGAGAAGCCAGUAACCACCUGGCUCGAUAGCAAGCCAGUGCUGCCCACAGUGCCCACAUCAGUGGGGCUGCAGCUGCCCCCCACAGUCCCCAGUGCUCAUAGCUACACCGAUUCCCCCAGCGUCACCCCCGUCAGCCGCUCCCCGCAGAGGCCCUCUCCCGCAUCCAGCGAAUGCACCUCCUUGUCCCCGGGCCUCAACAAUGCAGAGUCCAGCAUCCCAGUGACAUCUGAGUCUCCACAGCCACUCCUCAGCGGCUCUUCUCUGACUAAAACCGAGCCUGUCAACCUGCCAUGCACAAAUGCAAGGACAGGGGACACCCCAGUUGGUGGGCAGGCGGGUGCAGGGCCCACCUCAGCGGCCACGGCGGUCACAGACAGCGCCUCCACGAGCCUCAGCAGUCCUGGUCUCCCAGCAGUCUCUGACCAGUUCAAGGCCCAGUUUCCCUUUGGGGGACUGCUUGACUCUAUGCAAACGUCAGAAACCUCGAAGCUGCAGCAGUUGGUGGAGAACAUCGAUAAGAAGAUGACAGACCCAAAUCAGUGUGUCAUCUGCCACCGCGUGCUGAGCUGCCAGAGUGCCCUGAAGAUGCACUACAGAACGCACACGGGGGAGCGGCCCUUCAAGUGCAAGAUCUGCGGGCGGGCCUUCACCACCAAGGGCAACCUCAAGACUCACUUUGGGGUGCACCGGGCGAAGCCACCCCUGCGGGUGCAGCACUCCUGCCCCAUCUGUCAGAAGAAGUUCACAAAUGCAGUGGUGCUCCAGCAGCACAUCCGCAUGCACAUGGGAGGACAGAUCCCCAACACGCCACUGCCGGAGGGCUUCCAGGACGCCCUGGACGCAGAGCUGCCCUUUGAGGAGAAGACCGCGGAGACCCUGAGCAGCUAUGACGAUGACAUCGAUGACAACUCCAUGGAGGAAGACGCGGAGCUGAAGGACUCAGCCAGCGACUCGAAGCCGCUCCUGACCUACGCGGGGUCCUGCCCUCCCUCGCCACCCUCCGUCAUCUCCAGCAUCGCUGCCUUGGAGAACCAGAUGAAGAUGAUGGACUCUGUCAUGAACUGUCCGCAGCUCACUGGCUUGAAGUCCGUGGAAAACGGGUCUGGGGAGAGUGACCGCCUGAGCAACGACUCGUCCUCCGCUGUGGGCGACCUGGAGAGCCGCAGUGCAGGCAGCCCUGCUCUGUCCUCCUCCUCCUCCUCCCAGGCACUGUCACCCACCCCUAGCCAUGGGGAGAGCUUCCGUUCCAAGUCUCCGGGCCUCAGCCACCAGGAGGACCCACAGGAGAUCCCGCUAAAGACCGAGAGGCCAGACAGCCCACCCCCCGGCCCAGGAAAUGGAGGCGCCCUAGACCUGACUGCUGGCCACCCCAGUCGGCCGGUCAUCAAGGAGGAGGCUCCCUUCAGCCUGCUGUUCCUGAGCAGGGAGCGGGGUAAGUGUGCCAGCACUUGUACAAGCACUGUGUGUGGUGUCUGUGGCAAGCCCUUUGCUUGCAAGAGCGCGUUGGAAAUCCACCACCGCAGCCAUACCAAGGAGCGGCCCUUUGUCUGCACCGUCUGCAGGCGGGGCUGCUCCACCCUGGGUAAUUUAAAACAGCACUUACUGACCCACGAAUUGAGAGGGCUGCCUUCUCAGGCGUUUGACCCCAACUUUGCUCUAGGUCCCAGCCACAGCUCUCCUCGCCUGGCCUCCAGCCCUGCACCCACCAUGAUCAAAAUGGAAGUGAACGGUCACAGCAAAGCCAUCGCACUGGGCGAGGGCCCGCCGCUGCCAGCUGGGGUCCCGGUCCCCACUGGGCCACAGACAGUGAUGAGCCCAGGCCUGGCGCCCCUGCUGGCACCCCCGCCACGCCGGACACCUAAGCAGCACAACUGCCAGUCCUGCGGGAAGACCUUCUCCUCAGCCAGCGCCCUGCAGAUCCACGAGCGCACCCACACUGGGGAGAAGCCCUUUGGCUGCACCAUCUGCGGCAGGGCCUUCACCACCAAGGGCAACCUCAAGGUACACAUGGGGACCCACAUGUGGAACAACGCUCCCGCGAGGCGUGGCCGCCGCCUGUCAGUGGAAAACCCCAUGGCCCUGCUCGGGGGCGAUGCCCUGAAGUUCUCUGAAAUGUUCCAGAAGGACCUGGCAGCCCGAGCCAUGAAUGUGGACCCCAGCUUUUGGAACCAGUAUGCUGCAGCCAUCACAAACGGGCUGGCCAUGAAGAACAACGAGAUUUCUGUCAUCCAGAACGGGGGCAUCCCCCAGCUCCCCGUAAGUCUAGGUGGAAGUGCUCUUCCACCUUUGGGCACCAUGACCGGUGGCAUGGACAAAGCACGCACUGGCAGCAGCCCACCCAGCGUCAGUUUGGACAAAGCAAGCUCUGAGACCGGCGCCAGCCGCCCGUUCACCAGGUUCAUUGAGGACAACAAGGAAAUUGGUAUAAACUAGCUGCGGGCAUCGAUGGCCAGCUGUCCUUCCACGCCCACGUUCUGCAGUGUGAUCAUCAGUCUUCGGACCCUUCUAGGUCCUCAUUAAGUCAUGCCGGUGGCAGAACGUACUUUGCCCAUGUGGCUGCCAGAAGGUGGUCUGGUAAGCGCUGCCUAGUCCUCCCUCGGCAGUGGGUUUGACGGUUCUUAAGAAUUCUGCAACCUUUUGAAUAAAUUUCUAAAUUCAGUGGAAAAACAGAAGUGCUUGGAAAACCACCUUAGAAACAGAAAGAGCUCAGACCAUAUCCAUUUGUUUCUCUUGAAACCUAAUAACCCUGGAAGGGAGAAUGGGGUCCCCUGCAUUAUUCCAGUGAACCCCAUGCGAUGGUUUUGUUUGAAUUAACAGAAACUUGAACUGUUUCAGGAGCUCUUUGUCUUGCAGAGGUGGUUCUGUAUUCCCAAUGCCGUGUAUGAUGACAGUAUCUUUGUCCGUAGUAUUUAUAAUGUUAAGAUUAUGCGGGUAACAGACAAUAAAAUAGCCCCAACCUUAAAUGAAGCUUUUGUACUGCAGAAUACAUCUGGCUGUGUGAUUUUUUUUUUUUUAAGCAAAAUUUGUUUCACUAUAAAUAAGUGGAUUACUUCAAUGCAGGCAAACUCGUGGCGUCCUCUUGGGAAAGAUAGCAUGCUUUUUGUGUGCAAGUACCUGUUGGUAACAAGCCCCCCACCUUUUUUUGUUUUUUUUAAUUUAAAUGUUUGUAGCUGCUAUGUGGACAGUUGUUCUCUAGUGUGGUCUGUAGCCCAGUGGUUGAUCGGGGAACAAUUUACAGACAAACAUCACCAUAAAUUAUUAUUCACAACAUUAUAAAUAGUUGUGAGUAAAUAUUUUACGUUAUCAAAGCUGUACAAUAAAAAGGUAAUGUUUGUAUAAUGUGGUUGCAAACUCUUAAUUUAUACAAUUGCACUUUUAGUAUUUUGUAUUAGGGAGGUUUGUCUAUAAUUCGAAAAUUUAAAAAGAUGUAAAGUAUUUUAUAAAUAGUUCUACAGUUGAGGAAAAAUGAAAACAGUGGCUGUGGUUUCUCAUUUUGUCUCAAGGUCCAGCAGCGUGAGGAACCUGCGCUCGUAAGCAGGACCUCACCAGGACCUUGCACACCUCAGUAACCCAGGCCUGCCGUUUCCUACAUCCACCAGGUUCAUUUCACUUCUCUGUCAAGCCCUCGUCAGAGCUGUGACCACCUUAAAGAAGCUGGCGAGGUAGUCUCAGGCCUGUGGCAUCCGCCCAGGAGAUGAGCGGGAGAGCAUUGCACCCUGUGGCUCUGCUGUGAGCCCCUGUCCCUCUCUGGUUCCUUGACUGCCUGGUGGCACUGGCUGUCGCAUAGGGUGAUCAAGAGAUGGCAAGUCUCUGGCAGUGUUGGCAAGCAGGACUGAGAUUUUCUGAGCUCCUGAUUUGUUCAUUCUCUGAGUUCCUCUGUAGACUCAGGAUGCAGCCUGAAGCUGGUCACCAUCUGGGCUGCGCCCAGUGAGAGAGGGUGGCGGUUCUAGCCCAAGCGCCCGUGUUGUGUGACUACCUCAUUUCUGUGCGUGGCCUGCAUGCUGGGACCUGACUCAAUGACUGCCGAGGACACGAGUGCUCAGGAGGUCUGAGGGUGGCUGGGGCACGGUGCAAGGAAUUGUCUGCCCCCGAGGAACCAACCAGACAGUGAGGCUUCUCAGUUGAACAGGAAAAAUAGAAAAGCCUGACACCUGCGUCACGCAGCAGAAGGCUUCUCCGCCGUCCGUCACGCGGCACCGUGCUGCACACAGGCCAUGAGCUGUCCCUGUGUCUGGAAGGGAGCGUUGGGCUCUAGGAGAGCUUCCCACAGGGCGAGGUGUGGCCGUGUCUGGGCGUGGGGAAGGCUUGGUGCGGCUGCUUCUGCAGUCGGGGGUUCUGAGUUCAUGUGUCCUUCCAGUCGAUUUGGUACCGUGUCCGUAUCCUUCCCUUCAAAAAGAUGUGUAUAUAUCUUAAGAGAAACAUCAGCGUGCAUGGCUUGUCAGGGAGCCAUGGCCUGACCCCCGCGCCCGGCGGGCUGACCCUAGCUGGUGCAGAGACCCUAUUUUUAUAUUGCAGCACCGUUAGGGCCAAGGCCUCCGGGACCAGCUGGGAUAAUGACCUAGAUCUGAUAUUUUUUAUGAUUAAAUCUUGUGGCUUGAACAUCUCCUGAUUGAAAUGGAUGUCUUAGUCUAGGUUACUAUUUUUGUCAUAUGGAACUGAAUAAAAUGCAGGAUGUAACAUUAUUUCUGAAUUGCGUUCCUUGAUUCUUCUCAUGAAAAAGUGGUGUUUGAGGUGACAAUCGCUCGCGGUGUUUCCCUGGUGUUUCUAAGAGGAAAGUCAGCAAGGGUUGAUGGCUUAGAUGAAAGUGAUAGCUGAGCAUAUUUCGACUGGUUUAGAUUUUGUUUCAUUUUCCAAAAUAAAAGUGUGUUCUCCUAACUGGAUCUUUGUUCAAAUCUACCGUGGAAGAAGACGUAGCAGAAACGGGACAACCUGUUAGGUCUCGGCACUGCUCAUAGCGAAUGCGCUGGAAUUGCCUCCUGCCACAGCAUUUGCGAAACACCAGCCGUGGGUCGCCUGACCCAGCAGGUGCCCCUCAGAGCACACGACAGGAGGUGUGUGAGCAGGGCCAGGGCAGCGCCUGGGGCGGCCGUAGCCGGGAGUCCUCUGGCCCGGCCCGGCCCUACGUCAUCUUGCUCCAAGUCCUUUAUUUUAAAGUAAGCUUUGUUCUCCCAGAUAAUAGUCGGUCAGACUCACAGCCUUAAAUAAUUUAAUAGAUCCUGGGUUUUAUGGUAUGUGAUCCAUUUUUCCUUUAAAAAUUUUUUUUUAAAUAAAUGACGACUCAUAGCUGGAAGCCACAGUGCUUUCUGCCUGGGGUGUGCUGGGUGGUUCUUUUAGGAAUGAAAACAGUACCAACUGCUGAGUUAGCUGACCCAGACCCAUCUUCGGCAGACUUAAUAAGCCUUAGAAAUUAACCCAUGUUGAUUUUCAAUGCAGGACUAGAAAUUAUCAACGUAAACUAACUAAAUCAGAUAGUAACUAAAUUUUUAAAAUAAGGAAAUAGCAAAGAUUCUAUAGCCGUUUAGAAUAAUUAAAAUACAGUAAAAUGCAGGAGAAAGGGGGUUUACUUCUUGUAUUUAAAAAUAUCCUCAGAGGUGUGUGGGUUUAGCACAACUGGGGACCCGUUUCCAAUGCCAACUCUAGUCACUUAAACUCUGGUCAAAUAAUCAUAAAUGGCCACAAACCAUAAAAAUUGUCUAUAUUCCUAAGUUCACUACAGAGACUUCUAAAACGAGGUCAACAGCAGCGUCAAAGGGCUGAUCAGCAACUGCAUGUAGACUCUGGACCAUGGAGCUUCCGCCACGGGAGCCUGGCGGCAAGCGUGCCCCGCCUGCCCCCUGCAUGUGGCGGGGCCAUCUGUUUCACAAAGCGGCGGCAGACGUCGGGCAUUGCUUUCUCACUGGGUUGCGUGUGUGUCUGCAGCCAGCCACCCCAGCUCAUCACACGCAUCCUGGCACACACAGCAGAGCUGAUGCUUGCACCAUGACCCUUCUCGGGCCUGUCCCCAUCACACACCCUGACCUGGAGCCUGUGCUGGCGCUCAUCCUGGCCCUCAGAUCCCCAGCGAGCAUCCAUUGGCCCUCUGGAAGGCCUCCCAGCCCAGAGCUUCCUAGAGAGCAGGGUGUGUCGGAGGGUCAGGUUGCUCAUGAUGGGCAGUGUUAGCGGUGAUCCACAGGAUGACCUACUGAUAGUAGGAAAACAUUCUUUCACUUUUCACUUAAAAGGGAAAUAUGGGAUAUUCUUAACAUUCUUUACAAAUGGUAGACUUUAAAACAAAAUCUCAGCAGAGGUGUUUCCCAGUGUUUCAUGCUAGGUGGGCGGCGCGGGUGGACCUGGCCUCCCUGCGUUCCAGCUCCACGGCCAGCUCCACAGAUGCCUUGCAGGGCACUGGGCUGACGGCACCAUCCCACGCUGCUUCCCUAGCUAACAAGAUGGCAGAGUUUGAGGAUUCUCAAGUCUUUUCCACUUCGAAAAUCCCUGUUUCUAAAAAAUAACUACACUAAUGUCCACCUUUUUCCCUAAAAAAUACUCUAGACAGAAUAAUGGCAGUAUUUAUAUAGAGAGAGUAAAUAUGGUUACCUAAGAAUAUUAUUUCAUAAAAUGAAAAAUCUAUUAUAAAAACUGCUCUAUAAACUACAUGGAAUCAUUUUGGGACCAUGAAAAAUGUGUUUGUAUCUUUGAUUUUUAAAAAAUUGGACUUUACUGAUUUUUUCAAGUGCCGUUGCACUGAAGGUAAAAUAAAACUGAACUCUGUGAACAUUA